UAGGCAAAUGGCUCCCGCUUUGGCGCGCUGAGGUCUUCUUCACUCCGCCGCGUGGGAGCAGAGCACCCCCGGUCAGUCAACCAACAAAAACCCUCGUCGAGCCGUGCCCCUAUGCCCUGUGCCCAUACCAUAUCCUUCUCUUCUCUUCUCUUCCUCUGCUUCCCAUCCAUUUCCCUAUCCUUUCUUGGGCUUCUCCUCCACGCCUUCUCGCCAUGUCCUUGUACGACCAGCGCCUCUCCUUCUUCUCCUCCCGCUCCGGGAUCGAAGCGCUUUACGGUAAGCUCGAUCAUCUCCGCCUUAGCCUUAGUCUUUCUGGCUCUGAGGAUUCCUCCGAUAGUCGGGAAUCGCGUGAUCGAUUUCUUUCCUAUGAUCGUGCUGAUCCACUGACGGCUGAUGAUUCACCACUGGUAAAGAGCUCCGGAGGAAAAUCUGAUGGCAGCGGCAUCAACGGUGCCCUUCCUCCGCUUCUCACCCCUCAUACCCUUUCUUCACCGAAGUUGACGAGCUCCGAAGGAACUUCAGAUGGUGGUGGUCUCCGCCCUCCGGUCCUUACCCCUCCUCCUGUUCCUUUGCCGCGGUUGAAGCAAGUCUUGCCAUUGCCGCCUUCGAGGCAAACCCUUCCUCCCUUGCCGCCUUCGAGGCAAACCCUACUUCCCUUGCCGCCUUCGAGGCAAACCCUACCUCCGCCGUCAAUGGUGCUCCCUGUCUUGGAGAAGAUGGGAUCCACUUGGGAUUUGCUGAGAUCCUUUGGGCCGGAUGAUGAUGAAGAAGAGAGGAAAUACGUUGAUUUGGUGGACAAAGUUGUGGAGGAUGAAUGGGCUUUAGAAUUCAGGAUGGGCGAGACGUUUGGAGAUAUGAUGGGAUCGUGCUCAUAUUCUACUUCAAAUGACGAUGAUUCAUCGAGCACGAUUUUCGUGAUCUCACCAAAUGGCAGGUUCAAGAGGAGCAUCAACUCGUGGAUGCGAGGCCGGCUGCUUGGCAGCGGAUCCUUUGGGACGGUGUAUGAAGGGAUCAACGAUGAUGGGUUUUUCUUUGCGGUUAAAGAAAUAUCUUUGCUGGACCAACGAAGCAAUGCAAACCAAUGCAUUAUUGAGCUUGAACAGGAGAUCACAUUUUUAAGUCAAUUCGAACAUGAUAACAUAGUUCAGUAUUUUGGAUCCGACAAGGAAGAAGCAAAACUGUAUAUCUUCCUAGAACUUGUGAGUCAAGGUUCUUUGGCAUCUUUGUACCAAAGGAAUCACUUACCAGAUUCACAGGUUUCUACAUAUACGAGACAGAUUCUGAGUGGCUUGAAGUAUCUUCACGACAGAAACGUGGUUCACAGGGAUAUCAAAUGUGCCAAUAUUUUGGUCAGUUCCAAUGGUUCUGUAAAACUUGCGGACUUUGGAUUAGCAAAGGAGAUCACCAAAUUGAAUGUGCUAAAAUCUUGCAAAGGAAGUGUCUAUUGGAUGGCCCCUGAGGUUGUUAAUCCAAAGAGUUCCUACGGAACUGCAGCUGAUAUUUGGAGUCUUGGUUGCACAGUGUUGGAGAUGCUAACACGACAAGUUCCAUAUCCGAAUUUGGAAUGGCCACAAGCUUUCUUUAAGAUUGGUCGAGGAGAAAAGCCUCCUAUACCCAACAUUCUAUCCCGGGACGCCCGUGAUUUCAUUCUUAAAUGUGUACAAUUUAAUCCUGAAGAUCGGCCCACUGCCUCUGAGCUGAUGGAGCACCCAUUUAUCAAGACAUCAGCUUCUACAAGUACUGACUGAUGUUCUCCCCGGCACUGUUUGAAUGCUUCAAUAUGUUUCGCUCCAGCAUAUCACUGGUAACCUCGAGAAAAAAGGGUUUCACCAUGGAUGGCCUGUAACCUAGGGCCAGCAGAGCUUCUGCUGGGCAAAUACAAGUUUUUGUUGCCUGUCAAUUCCGUUAGUGUCAUUAUUGUUCAAAUUAUGGUUUCCAUUAAAAAAGCUGUUAGCGACCAAAAGAGAUCGCAUAAUUCAAGUCCCUUUAAUGGAGUGAAUUCUCUUUCAUGAGAUUAAUGUGCAUAUGCAUCAGCAUCA